GCAGUGUGGGCUCUUGGUAACAUUGCUGGUGAUAAUGCAGAAUGCAGAGACUUUGUUUUAAACUGUGGAAUAUUACCACCCCUCUUGGAACUGUUAACAAAUUCAAAUCGUCUUACAACAACUAGAAAUGCAGUCUGGGCUCUCUCAAAUCUCUGUAGAGGAAAGAACCCUCCUCCAGACUUCAGUAAGGUUGCUCCUUGCUUAAAUGUUUUGUCAAGACUGUUGUUCAGCAGUGACCCGGAUGUAUUAGCAGAUGCUUGCUGGGCCCUCUCUUACCUUUCAGAUGGUCCCAAUGAUAAAAUUCAAGCUGUUAUCGAUUCUGGUGUGUGUCGAAGAUUGGUAGAGCUGCUUAUGCAUAAUGAUUACAAGGUGGUAUCCCCUGCAUUAAGAGCAGUUGGAAAUAUUGUUACUGGGGAUGAUAUCCAAACACAGGUGAUUCUAAACUGCUCUGCAUUACCCUGCCUCUUGCACUUGCUUAGUAGUCCCAAGGAAUCUAUUCGAAAAGAAGCGUGCUGGACCGUUUCUAAUAUUACUGCAGGAAACAGAGCUCAGAUUCAGGCUGUUAUAGAUGCAAAUAUUUUUCCGAUAUUGAUUGAAAUUCUUCAAAAAGCUGAAUUUCGCACCAGAAAAGAAGCAGCAUGGGCCAUAACUAAUGCGACAUCAGGAGGAACCCCUGAGCAGAUUAGGUAUUUGGUGGCACUAGGUUGUACGAAGCCUCUUUGUGACCUCCUGACUGUGAUGGAUUCAAAAAUAGUGCAGGUGGCUUUAAAUGGUCUUGAAAAUAUUCUGCGUCUUGGAGAACAAGAGUCUAAGCAAAAUGGAAUGGGCAUUAAUCCUUAUUGUGCCCUUAUAGAGGAAGCAUAUGGACUCGAUAAAAUUGAAUUUCUUCAGAGGCAUGAAAAUCAAGAGAUCUACCAAAAGGCUUUUGAACUCAUAGAACAUUACUUUGGUGUCGAAGAAGAGGACUCCAGUAUUGCACCUCAGGUGGAUGAAAGUCAGCAGCAGUUUGUGUUUCAACAGCAGGAGGCUCCAAUGGAGGGGUUUCAGCUGUAA